CUCGGAAGGAAGUCAAGGACGGACGCAUUGGGUAGCGGCUUUUCUUGAUGCCACGUCGGAAUUUGCGAAGAUCCCAGUUAUUCAUUCAAUAAAAUAGAUCGAUUUAUACUAAUUGGGUUUUUUAACAUCAAUAGCUAUGGUUUCCGUCAUUAACACAGUGGACACGUCCCACGAGGAUAUGAUCCAUGAUGCCCAGAUGGAUUAUUACGGGACACGGCUGGCCACUUGCUCCUCUGACCGAACUGUAAAGAUUUUUGACGUUAGAAACGGAGGACAGAUCUUGGUAGCUGACCUUAGAGGCCAUGAGGGUCCUGUGUGGCAGAUUGCGUGGGCUCAUCCAAUGUUUGGCAACAUCUUAGCUUCUUGCUCCUACGACCGAAAAGUUAUCAUUUGGAAAGAAGAGAAUGGCACGUGGGACAAGAUGUAUGAGUACACAGGACAUGAGUCGUCAGUAAACUCAGUCUGCUGGGGUCCCUAUGAAUUUGGUCUUAUCUUGGCCUGUGGCAGUUCUGAUGGAGCCAUUUCUCUUCUCACAUUUACUGGUGAUCAGCAGUGGGACAUAAAGAAGAUCCCCAAUGCACACACAAUCGGUUGUAAUGCAGUGAGUUGGGCCCCUGCUGUUGUCCCUGGCAGCCUGAUUGACCAACCCACAGGACAGAAGCCAAACUACGUCAAACGCUUUGUCUCCGGUGGCUGUGACAAUCUCGUCAAACUCUGGAAGGAGGAGGACGGUCAGUGGAAGGAGGAUCAGAAGCUUGAAGCGCACAGUGACUGGGUCAGAGAUGUUGGCUGGGCUCCUUCUAUUGGUCUGCCAACUAGCACCAUCGCCAGCUGCUCCCAGGAUGGGCGUGUGUUCAUCUGGACAUGUGAUGACCCAGCAGGAAACACGUGGUCGGCCAAACUGCUUCACAAGUUCAACGAUGUGGUGUGGCACGUGAGCUGGUCCAUCACUGGCAACAUCCUGGCUGUGUCUGGAGGAGAUAAUAAGGUGACGUUGUGGAAGGAGUCCAUGGAUGGUCAGUGGGCCUGUAUCAGCGACGUCAGCAAAGGCCAGGGAGCAGUGUCCACCAUCACAGACACGCAGCAAAACGAACAGUGACACUAGAUGACAUUAGGAGCGACAAUUUAAGUUGAUCUGAAUCGAACUCUGGGACUCCCAUUAUGAAACGAGAAAGAGAAGGCUGAUUUAUCUGAAGACAAAUAUUACUGGAAAAUGGUUUUAGCAGAUGCACUCCAUAAACAUGCACAUGGCAAUAAAUACGAUAAUGUGGAAUCUUUCAGGAGCUUAACAUUGUUUUUAUAAUUUACGGAUUUUUCCUGAUGUUUAUGCUUAAUCAUAAAGGAAAAAGCCAUUGUCUAGUUAUGUUGUUGCAGUUAAAGGUGCAUUAUGUAACUUUUCUGGUCCACCAUCAGCUUGUUUCCACAGAGAUGAUAUACAGUACCUUUGCCUGGAAUAUUCCACUGUAUCCAUCUUGCAUUUGCUCAAUUACGGGUGUUUUUAUUGCGGCCUUGAAGUGGGGUUGUCGCUCCACAGAUGUGACUUAUAACUUGGGCUGCUGGCAUACAUGCUCGUCCCCAUGGUGAUAAGUUUAAUGCUAUACAGUGGAACAUUCCAGGCAAAGCAAUAAGACGCAGGUGGCUUGACUUCUACCAGAAAACUAACUUGCAAUUAAGUUGUUAAAAUUUAAGCUUGAAAUCGUUAGAAGAAGACUUAAAAUGGUUCACUAAAUCUUGAAAUAAACACAAAUGUAGUAAACAUAUUUCUGCGAUUUUAUAUUAUUUUUUCCACAAUAUUCGGUUAAGCUGAAAUGUGCUUGUAUCUGUAUAAUUUUGCCAUCUCCACCUCAUCCAUAAUUCUUUACUUACCAAACAUUCCUCCCCUUGAGACAAAUGUUAUUUAUCACUUGCAGAUUUUAGUCCAUGGUGUCUGUUCAAUCCAAAAUGCCGCUAAAAUAGGAACAAGAAGAUGAUGAUGUAACUCAAUAUUUUGUCAGCUUUGAAUGUGCAAACGUGGUCUUGAUGGAAUUGCUAAAAAAAAAAAAAAAGGUGCAGAGUGAGGAAGUGGUGGAAGAAUCAUUUGAAUCCUGUGUUUUCAAAUGUAAAGGCAAACCUGGGAUGUUUUUCAUAUAUGUUUGUAAUUAAAUAAAUACGUAAUGACAUACAAA